AUGAAAUAUUGUCUUUUGAAUCUGAUUGCCCUUCUUCUUGUAACAUCAACUUAUGGUGCCGAUGAUCACGGUUCAAGUGUCAAAGUGUCGGUCGGUACUCAUUCACAUGCAAAGGAUGCCUCAUCAGGCUCUUCAAGUGAUGCAGCAGCCUCGGCCUCGGCUGCAUCAAAAGCAGGUUCAUCAAGCAGCUCAUCAUCAUCAUCAUCAGCUAAAUCGGAAUCAAGUGAAACCAGCACUGUAAGUGAUGAUAAGGACGAUGAUGAUGGCGAGGAUAAGUCGGGCGAUUCGAACGAUAAAUCGGCAAAAUCAUCUGGAUAUUCAAUCCAUCAAUCUGGUCAAUAUGCAAAGCUGCAACAAACUGUUUCUCAAAUUGCCUCAAAAGUAGCCAGCCAUUCAGCAAAUAUAUUGUCAACCUUUGGUGACCAUCUAGUUGGAAUGCUUGACGACCUUACGAAUCGCAUCUAA